UCCCACCCACGUUCCUAAAACAACAACAAAAAUAAAAAUGGGAUUCUUGCUAUAGUCUUGCUUGCUUGUUUUCUCUCUUAACGAAAACAAAAAAGGCCUAAAACAAUUGUGUUUCUUAAUUUGCAUACUUUCUCCUUCAUUUGAUUCCUUUCUCCGACGAAAACAAUGGCAGAGCUCCUUCUUUCUGCAUUCCUUGAUGUGUUGUUUGACCGAUUGACGUCUCCCGAGUUGCUGAAAUUUGCUCGCCGAGAGGGACUUCGAAAUCAGCUGGGCAAGUGGAGCAAAACCGUGGAAAGAAUUCAAGAGGUGCUUGAUGAUGCAGAGGAGAAGCAACAGACUAAACAGACAGUGAAAGCUUGGCUUGAUGAUCUCAGAGACUUGGCCUACGAUGUGGAAGAUAUACUGGAUGAGUUCGCCACAGAAGCUUUGCAACGCAAGUUGAUGGCUGGUGAAAGUCAAGCUAGCGCUAGUAUGGUACGAAAUCUUGUCCCUGCUUGUUGUACUAGUCUUACUCCUAGUGCUGUUACGAUCAAGUUUAGGCUGGGGUCAAAGAUAGAGAAAAUAAGUACUAGAUUUAAUGAUCUCGUGACACAAAAAGAUCAACUUCAUUUGAAGGAAAAUUCUAGUACAAGACCAACCAAACGAAAAAUACGUCCCUCAACUUCUGUGGUUACCGAAGAUGAAAUAUACGGUAGGGAGGAAGUCAAAGAGGCUGUACUUCAAUUAUUGGUCAGUGAAAAACAUAGUGAUGCUUCGAAUAAAGUACCCAUUGUGAUUCCUAUAGUUGGUAUGGGGGGUAUCGGAAAGACAACCCUCGCCCAGCUUGUUUACAAUGAUAAAAAGGUCGAUAGCUUUUUCGAUUUUAAAGCAUGGGCUUGUGUUUCUGAAGAUUUUGAUGCUGCUACAGUUACAAAAACAAUUUUACAAUCUGUGACUUUAAAAAACUGUGACGGCAAAGAUCUAAAUUCGUUGCAAGUCGAACUGAAGGAGAAAUUAAGUGGGAAGAGGUUUCUAGUCAUUCUUGAUGAUGUUUGGAACGAUAACUACGAGGAUUGGGAUCGGCUACGUGCCCCUUUUGUAGCAGGGGCUCUAGGAAGUAGCAUUAUGGUCACAACUCGUAAUCAGAGAGUAUCAUCAAUGAUGGGAACCAUUAAAGUUGAACCUUUUCAGUUGGAGUUGUUGCCAACUGAUGCUUGUUUGUCAAUAUUUUCCCUACAUGCAUUGGAUGCAAAAGACUUUGGUGCACAUCCAAACCUUAAAGAUAUUGGGGAGGAAAUUGUUAAAAGGUGUAAAGGCUUGCCUUUGGCUGUAAAAACUGUUGGAGGUGUCUUGCGCGGUACCCAAGACCGCAAUGAGUGGGACAAAGUUUUGAAAAGUAAGAUAUGGGAUAUACAAGAGAAGAGCAGCGGAAUUGUUCCAGCUCUUAUGUUAAGUUACCACCAUCUACCUUCACAUUUGAAGAGGUGCUUUGCUUACUGUUCAAUACUACCAAAGGACUAUGAAUUUAAGGAGAAGGAGGUGGUUCUAUUAUGGAUGGCAGAAGGUUUGAUUAAUCCAGGACAAGAUGAAGAGGAAAUGGAAGAUUUGGGUAGAGAGUAUUUUCGCAAUCUGUUGUCAAGGUCAUUUUUCCAAAAGUCACGCGGUAUAUAUGAAUCAAAAUUUGUGAUGCAUGAUCUCAUCAAUGAUUUGGCUCAGUCGGUUGCAGGCGAUACUUGCUUUAGAAUGGAAGAUAGGGUUGGAGGCAAUAAGCAUGAUAAUAUUCCUAUAAAGGCACGCCACUCAUCUUAUUUGGGAAGCCAAUAUGAUGUAACUAAAAGGUUUGAGGUUUUUUCUAAACUCACAAGUUUACGUACAUUCUUACCUCUCAUGCUACCAUAUUCAAGCUUUUUGGCUCAUCGUGUUCCUUUUGAAUUGGUUUCAACAUUACGUUGUUUAAGGGUGUUAUCUUUCAAGAGCUACUGCAUAACGGAGCUACCGGAUUCUAUUGGUGAUUUGAAGCAUCUGCGGUACCUUGACCUUUCCAAAACUCGAAUUAGACUCCUGUCAGAAUCAAUAACUAGUCUCUACAACUUGCAAACAUUGUUGUUGAAGAAGUGUACUAGGCUAAAGAAAUUACCUUCAAAGUUUCGAAACUUGGUCAACCUGCGCCACCUCAACAUUGAACGUGCAGAAAGUUUGGAAGGAAUGCCUAUGCAAAUAGGUAAAUUAACUUGUCUUCAAACACUGUCUAAUCUCGUUCUGGGAAAAGACAAUUGCUCUGGAAUAAAAGAGCUUGGACCUUUGAAGCAUCUUGGAGGGAGACUCUGCAUUUCAAGACUAGAGAACGUGAUAGAAGCUACAGAUGCAAAGGAUGCUGAAUUAAUUAAAAAGACAAAAAUUAGUGCUCUGUCGUUGAAAUGGAGUCGUCACAUUGAUGCGUCGAAAGACACGACAAGUGAACUAGAGGUACUAAAUGGGCUACAGCCUCACGACGCUUUGAAGGAGCUCCGUAUAACUAACUAUGGUGGUACAAAAUUUCCUAAUUGGUUAACACCUCCAUCAUUUCCCAAUAUGGUGUCCUUGAGAUUAGAAAAUUGUUACAAGUGCACAUCAUUACCUCCAUUGGGGAAAUAUUCGCCAUCACUCAAAAAUCUUUGGAUCGAGGACAUGGAGGAGUGUGAGCAGUGGAGUCCUUGUGAAGAAUUUCCAAACCUACGUGAGCUUUGCCUUCGUAAGUGUCCGAAGCUAUUAGGGAAGUUACCAAACAACCUUCCUUUACUAAACGACGUUGAGAUAAUUGAUUGUGCGCAGUUGGUGGUCUCAAUUUCAUGCUUUCCAGAUAAAUGCAAAUUUAAAAUUGACAAUUCCAGUGGGGUGGUGUGUGGAAGCAAGGUUACAUUCAAAUCAAUAAAAUUCGACAGAUCACUUUCACCAAUUUCUGAUAUGGAAGGGCUGGCAGAGUUGGAAGAGUUAACUAUUGCUGACUGUGAGGAGCUGACGAAUUUGUGGUCAGACAACAUGGGAUCACUGCCACAUGAUCUCCCAUUUCUGCGUCGUCUCGAAAUUUAUAAUUGUCCCAAACUAGUCUCUUUGGUGGCGGAAGAAGUUGAUCAAGAGUAUCUCCAACUCAUAAUCGAAUCUAUUUAUAUCUACAAUUGCAAUGCCUUGGAAUCAUUACCCAAGUCAUUGAUGUACAACAACACGUGUCUUCAGGAUAUUAAACUUGUACGCUGUGAUUCGCUAACGCAUUUUGCAAGAAGCCAUCUGCCUCCAACUUUAAAGAAGCUAUAUAUAGAACAGUGCAAGAGUAUGAGGAAUUUGGUGGAGGAUGAUGAUAAUGAUACAAACAACAACAGCACUUUCUGUAGUGGCAUCACAUCUCUUCUUGAGUUCUUGCAAGUUUACUAUUGUCCAUCCCUUGAAUCCUUAACAUCAAGCGGAGAAUUACCUGCAACACUUCAAGAGCUCUAUAUUAUGAAUUGUCCAAAGCUGGAGUCAGUAGCCAAGAGUUUUCAUCAUAACUCGUCUCUUACAGAUAUCACCAUCGCCUAUUGUGAAAAUCUUCAAUUGUUGAAUGGUGGAGAUCAGUUGCUCCUCCUCACCUCUCUUCAACAUUUGAAAAUAUGGAAUUGUCCGAGCAUUUUAUCAUUUCCCAAAGAAGGUUUUCCCACAAACCUAACAACACUUGAGAUCGGUGAUAUUAAAAUCACUCAAGCCUUGUUCGAUUGGGGGCUGGACAAAUUCACUUACCUAAAUCGACUUCAAAUUGGUGGAUGUCAGAAUUUGGUGUCCUUUCCAGAGAUGACGUUGCCUGCCUCUCUAACAAGCCUCCACAUCUCAAAAUUCUCGAAUCUGGAAUACCUGUCUUCCGAGGGCUUAAGAAAACUCACCUCUCUUAAAGAUUUGUCGAUCUAUCACUGCGAGAAGCUCACAUGUUUUCUAGAGGAUGGCCUGCCUCCUUCGCUCCUAGUGCUUAAUAUCUUUCAUUGCCAAAAGUUGAUGUCCUUACCAAAGAAUGGCCUGCCUCCCUCACUCCUAAAGCUUCGUAUCUGGGAUUGCCAAAAGUUGAUGUCCUUACCAAAGAAUGGCCUGCCUCCCUCACUCCUAGAGCUUUGUAUCCAUGAUUGCCAAAAGUUGAUGUCCUUACCAAAGAAUGGCCUGCCUCCCUCGCUACAGACACUUGCAAUCAAUCUAUGUCCUUUGCUGGAAAAACACUGCAAGAAAGAUCAGAGAGGAGAGUGGCGCAAGAUAGCUGACAUCCCUUUUGUUCUAAUUAAUGACACAUACAUUUAUGAGACAGAAACGGAGGAAUAAAUCCAAAGAGUCCCAAAAUUGAGACCCACGUUUGCUGAGAUCAUGGAUGCUUUGAAGCCAUUGCAGAAGCCAAUAAUUAGUUCUCAAGUUCCCAGGCCAAGCACAUCCACAGGCAGUGGCCAUCAGAAGGCUCUGCCAUCAAUUGCAGAAGAAGCAGGCUAGAAGAGCAAACUAUAUCAUCAUACUCUUUGUCAUUGGACUGUAAAAAUAUGGGGUGAAGUUCUAGAUUACCUUGGACAAGUCUGAGAAAGUGAUGUGUUGAUUUCUCUACAUUCAAUCCAAUUUGAGAUUGUGAUUCUUUUUUGUC